AUGUCAAACAAAGAAGUAGAAUAUUCAGACUCUGACUCUGUAUCCGAGUCGGAAGAAGUCAAUGAACACGAAGAGGAGGGACAAGAACAUGACGACACUCCAGACAUUAUUGUUCCAGAGAGAAAGUUCCUCAAGGAGGACGAAGACUAUUCCGUCCCAUUCCCAGUCAUGCGUGAAUGCUUGGUUCUUCUCUUGCAAUCACGUCGUAUCCUCAGAGACAUGAUGUAUUAUAGAUUCAAGAUGGACAGAUUCCUUUCUGGUAAUCUCUCUGUCUUUGAAAUUCAAAACCUCCUUCACUCUCAAAGAGAAGAUAAGGAAAGUGAUUGGAUUGCUGAGAUUCAAGAAUUAAAAAGAAAUCUUGUUAGUGAAGUACGUAGAAAUCAUACACUUGAAAGAGAUCUUAACCGUUUGGACAAGAGAAUUGCCUUGCUCAUCAAGAACAGAGGUAACAUUCAAGAUGUAUUGGCUGACAAGGCUGGUUUGAAGGCUCAAAAGCACAAGGGCGACCAACAAAAGAAGCCAGAACUCAUCAACGAUCCAAAGAAGCUUGAAGCCUACCAAAACCUCUUUUACUUGUUGCAAACCGAACCAAAGUACUUGGCCGGUCUCGUCUACCUCGUCCAACCCGAGCAGAUGGAGUCGUUCCUCUCGACAGUCAUUUUGACCUUGUUUGGUGAUGCCUUUACUCCAAGAGAAGAGUUCCUCUUGCUCUCGUUGUACCGUCUCUCUGUACAAAAGGAAAUGUCCAACAUUGCCACUGUCGGUGACUUUUUAAAGGCCGAUACUGUCGUACCCAAGAUGAUUAUCACCUACAACAAGCGUAAGCAAGGUACCGACUAUUUAAAGGCUGUCAUUGGCCCAAUCCUCGCCAACGUCAUCAAGCAAGACCUCAACCUCGAGCUCAAGCCAUCGGCCGUCUACAUCUCAAUCAUCUCUGAGAAUGAGAUUCGUACCGGUGAAAAGUCGACCUUGGACCGUCACGUCACCGACGAGAAGGCACUCGAAAUCCCAGAGGUUGCCAAGAUCAUCAAGGCUCGUGUCGAACAACUCACAUCCAUCUGUGACCAAUUCUUGGAAGGUAUCAUGAACUCGCUCAACCGUCUUCCAUACGGUAUCCGUUGGAUCUGCAAGCAAAUCCAACAAAUUGCCGAAAAGAACUUUGCCAACUCUACCCAAGACGAGAUCCUCAAGGUUAUUGGUUACUUUAUCUACUAUCGUUUCAUCCAAGUCGCCAUGGUGUCGCCGGAAGAGUACGAUCUUGUCGGCCGUGAGAUCCACCCCACCGCCCGUAAGAACCUCAUCAACGUCUCCAAGGUACUCCAGACAUUGUUCAAUUUUGCCCAGUUUGGUGCCGCCGAGAAGCACUUUGUCCCAUUGAACGGAUGGAUCACCUCGCACAUUGCCGACAUUAAGCAAUACUUGGAGGAGAUUAUCGAAGUUGGCGAGCCAGAGGACUACCUCCAAGUCGACAAGUACAUGGAAUUGACCCAAAAGACCAAGCCAGUCAUUAUCAUCUCGUUGCCAGAAAUUGCCUACACACAUAUCCUCAUCUCCAAGAACCUCGACUCUCUUGUCCCCAAGGGCGAGAAGGACGACGCCAUGCGUAUCAUCAUGAAGGAGUUGGACGAAUUUGGUCCACCACCCGAAAUCUCAAAUGAAGAUGACCGUGAAGUACAAUUGACCUUGACCAACAAGUUCCAAAAGUCAAUCGAAGAGGAAUUGUCACCGGGCGAAUCAUUGCUCUCCCAGACCAAGGAAAUGGUCAUCUCGUUGCUCCGUGCCCUCCCAUCACUCCCAGAGCAAAAGGAAUCAGAAGACUCUGCACCCAAUCUCGUCGAAGUGUUGAACCGUGCCCGUCAAUCCGACCCAUCACUCGAACCAGAAAUCAAAAAGAUUUUGGACAACCUCAAGAAGCUCGAAGAGUACAAUCUGACUACCCACGCCGACAAUUAUGCCUCGUUCCUCAAGGCUGUCGCCCUCGAAGUCGUCAACAGAGCCGAGAUUCGUGAACAACAAAAGAAGGAAAAGCAACGUCUCACCACCUCGCUCAACAAUCUCCGCAAGCAUCAAAAGUACCUCAACGAACAAAUCACCCAAUACAACCAAUACCUCCAAGACUGUCGUCUCAAGCAUUACCAAAACAACAAAAAGAGAAAGUCCAAGAAGAAGGGAGACGGUGCCAAGGUCGGUCCAUUCAAAUUCUCAUUCUCAGAUCUCGCCAAGAAAAAGGUCAUCGUAGACUCUGAAGUCCCUGCCAUGACUCGUAAGAAGAUCAAGUUCGUCAUUUCUUCUGAUACUGUUGGUGUUUUCGAUGUUUCAGCUAAAAUGGCUGGUAUUGAUGUCCAAACAAUGAGAUUAGAACUUGAUGAUCUUCUUGAAUUAAAUAGCAUUGGUAAUACUACUUUGGAACUUGACCAAAUUACCCUUGAUGUUAAUAUGACAAUCCAUCUCCUCAAUAAGUUGUUCAUGGCUUAA